ACCGAUUCACGAAUCGGCCUUGACUCAAUCGGCUCUCACUCUCUGCCUCUCUGGAGUCUCGACGGCCGACCGGCUCUCGGCCUCUCGCUCUCGCAUCUUGACUCUUGUGAGUUGUGACUUGUGAGCCUAGGUACAGUAAAAGAGGUAGAGGAAAGUAAUUUGCUGCAGAAAUUAUCAGAAGCUUGCAUUGUUGAUUUCUCUUAGAUUGAGUCUUCAACUGCACAAGGUUGUGUGGAAGGGGUAAAAGAUGGUGUUUGGUCAGGUGGUGAUUGGUCCACCAGGUUCUGGCAAGACCACUUACUGCAAUGGCAUGUCACAGUAUCUCCAACUCAUCGGGAGGAAAGUAGCUGUUAUCAAUUUAGACCCUGCAAAUGAUUCAUUGCCAUAUGAUUGUGCUAUCAACAUUGAGGAUCUUAUAAAACUCAGUGAUGUGAUGAAUGAGCACUCUCUUGGUCCUAAUGGAGGUCUUGUGUAUUGUAUGGAUUACUUGGAGAAAAAUAUUGACUGGUUGGAAGCAAAAUUGAAGCCUCUUUUGAAAGAUCACUAUCUUCUCUUUGAUUUCCCUGGCCAAGUAGAACUGUUCUUCCUUCACUCAAAUGCGAAAAAGGUCAUCAUGAAACUUAUUAAAAAACUGGAUCUUCGGUUAACUGCUGUGCACUUGGUAGAUGCCCACCUCUGUAGUGACGCUGGGAAUUAUGUGAGUGCGUUGCUACUUUCACUAUCAACAAUGUUGCAUAUGGAACUGCCCCACGUCAAUGUCUUGUCUAAGGUUGAUCUUAUUGAGAGCUAUGGAAAGUUAGCCUUCAAUCUUGAUUUUUACACGGAUGUGGAAGAUUUAUCUUAUUUACAGCACCAUCUGGAUCAAGAUCCCCGCUCUUCUAAGUAUAGAAAACUCACCAAGGAACUGUGUGAAGUAAUUGAAGACUUUGGUUUGGUCAACUUCACUACCUUGGCUAUUCAGGACAAAGAAAGUGUUACAAAUCUUGUGAAAUUAAUAGACAAGACCAACGGAUAUAUAUUUCAAGGCAUCGAUGCUAGUGCAGUUGAGUUCAGCAAAAUUGCUAUCGCACCAACAGAUUGGGAUUACUACAGAACAGCAGCAGUGCAAGAAAAGUACAUGAAAGACGAUGAGAAUUUUGAUUCAGAUGAUUAAUCAGAGAUGAACAAGCAAGCAAGGUAUUUGUUUCAACAGAAAAAAGAAUGGAAGGCCAUCGUUGGAGAAGUUGAAGAUGGUGCAAAACAUCAAAACGUUUAGUCUUCACUUUCGUUGACCGUAAAUCUGUAAUGUUGUUGUGUGUUGAUAUGUAUAUUGUUGUUGAGAAGAGAUUUGAGAGUAAAAUUGGUUGAGCCUUUGUUGGGUUUG